AUGGACAAGGAAAAUUCCACCCAGGUGGAGAAGUUCAUCCUUUUAGGGUUCACAGCAGAUGCGGGGCUCCAGUUGGUGCUCUUCUUCAUCUUCCUCGUCAUUUAUGUCCUCAGCCUCUUGGGAAAUCUCACCCUGAGUUCCCUGAUCUGUGCUGAUUCUCGACUCCACACACCCAUGUACUUCUUUAUUGGAAACCUGUCCUGCCUGGACCUCUGGUAUGCUUCUGUCUAUGCCCCUAAAAUCCUCAUGACCUGCAUGUCUGAAGACAAAAGCAUCUCCUUUGCUGGCUGCCUCACUCAGUUCUUCUUCUCCGCCGGGCUGGCCUACAGCGAGUGCUACCUGCUGGCCGCCAUGGCCUAUGACCGCUACGUGGCCAUCUCCUCCCCCCUGCUUUACUCCCAGGCCAUGUCCCCAAGGCUAUGUGCCAGUCUCGUCACCGCUUCCUACCUUGGUGGCUUGGUAAACUCCACCAUCAUCACCAGUGAGACAUUCACCCUGAGCUUCUGUGGCGACAGUGUCAUCGAUGAUUUCUUCUGUGACCUGCCCCCACUGGUCAAGUUGGCCUGUGAUGUGGAGGAGGGGUACCAGGCUGUGCUGUUCUUCAUCCUGGCCUCCAACGUCAUCACACCAGCCAUGCUCAUCCUGGCCUCCUACCUCUUCAUCAUCGCCGCUGUCUUCAGGAUCCGCUCCACCCAGGGCCGCCUCAAGGCCUUCUCCACGUGUGGCUCCCACCUGACGGCCGUCACCCUGUACUAUGGCUCCAUCCUCUUUAUCUACUCCAGACCCAGCACCAGCUAUGCCCUGGAACGUGAUAAAGUGGUGUCCGUGUUCUACACUGUGGUGAUUCCCAUGUUGAACCCUUUGAUCUACAGCUUGAGAAAUAAAGAUGUCAAAGAGGCCCUGAGGAAAAUACUAGUUAGAGCUAAGCUUUCUUAA